GGGUACCUGAGAUGUGGGGCCAAAGGGACAUUCUGCUUUGCCAGAAAGUCACCGAGGCUUUCUGAGCCAACACCAUACAUCCGCCAUACUAAACCUAGUUAUGGGGUAUGAAACGUUACCACGUCCGUUGAUUAAGGUCAUGCUUCAUGACAGGUGGUUCUGGAAUUUGAUACGAUCAAUACACCGGAGCCACAUCCAUUCUGCCAAAGUCUAUUAUUAUUAGUUACAGAGCAUGAUGAUGAUUAUUGAAGCUUACGCGAAUCUGUUUCCGUCACAAAAUGAUGUCUUCCUUUCCUCUGCUUUCAUCUUCUUUUUUCUUUCUCCUUCUUUCUUCCCUUUCUUUUUCUUUAGUUCUAUCUUCGGCAAGAUCAGACUUUCCAAUUAGGACAAGAUGUCGAAUGCAAGGCUACUAUCUGACGGUUGAUUCAAGUCAGCGGGGGGCGCUUCACCUGCAUGCCGAUGGUUCUUCGUGCAUGGACCAUUGUUAUUUUCAUCUACUCCGUACUAAGAUGACGAUGUCGUACUAGCGGAGCUUCACAAGCGCGCUGGUAGCAUUAGUUUGCAAAUUUUGUGGAUGUCCUCUGACUUGGGGGCAAUCUUGGCCCAUGCUGUCGGCCCCUCCUCCCGUCAUCCCCAAAGGAAGGCGAGGCGGAAGAAGAAGAAAGAA